AUGGCAGAAAUGCAGUUAAUGGCAUGCCCAAAGUCCAUGAAGAAGGGGGAUCGCCUUGGCCUCAAAAUUAUAGUCGCGAUCACCUACGCGGUUGUAGUUGGAACAUUGAUACUUCUGCUGCACUUCAUCCAACUUAAUAGGUGUUGGAAGUUUUGGAACAGUGUACAAAGGAGUUCCCCUGGAAGGCGAAAAACCAAUUGCAAGGUGCUCAAUCAUGAACAGAUAGGAGCUUCCAAGAGCUUUAUGGCCGAAUGUGAAGGUUUGAGGAAAACAAGGCACAAAAAUGUUCUAAAGAUUAUAACUGUGUGUUCAAGUGUAAACCAUGCAGGUGAUGAUUUUAAAGCACUAGUUUUUGAGUACAUGCCCAAUGGAAGUUUAGAAGACUGGUUGCAUUCAAGAGAAGAUGCAUCACACCAAGAACAGAACUUAAGCCUUUCCCAACGGUUAAAUAUAGCGAUCGAUGUUGCAUGUGCAUUAGAAUACCUUCAUCACCAUUGUGAAACUCCUAUUGUUCACUGUGAUCUAAAGCCAGGCAACGUUCUCAUCGAUGAAGACAUGACUGCCCAAGUGGGAGAUUUUGGGCUCGCCAAGUUCCUCACCGUAAAUUGCAGUAACAGUGAUGGUGGGCAAACAAAUUCACUUGCAAUCAAAGGAUCUAUAGGGUAUGUUGCACCAGGUAAGGUGUCACUAAUUGUACCUUUUCUUCUUCUUUACUUUUCUCCUUUCCGACAUUUGUAUAUAGAAGCCUACAUUUCUCCAUACUAAUAUAACUUUUGUUUCCUUUUCCCU